CCGGCGGUAGGACAUGGAAUAUGUUAUAUUACGAUAGCAUUUUAUAAAUACAUGUGCGCACGUGAGAACAUUUGUGUUUUGACUGUGAUAACGGUGUGUACAAAUAGUACAGAUAGGGCUCUGUUGAAACGGCUGACACGUUUAUACGACGUAACGGAAGACAUGUUUAGAACCUAUAUAAUUAUUUAGAUUGUUAAGUGUGGACGUGUGUUUAAACAAGAAAACAACACAGUGUCACAUAAAGAAAAUAAAAUAAACAGUGUCCUAAAAAAAUUGGCAAAAUGGAGAUAACAACGGCAAAAAUUAUUGCCAGCCUGGCGUUGGGAAUUGGAUCCUUCUUUACGGGAAUGAUGCCAGCUGGAAUAUCGGAAAGCACGAGACAAAGACAUCCCUUGACCAUCUCUUGCCUCCUCUGUUUCGGAGCCGGUGUUCUUUUAGCAACAUCCCUUGUGCAUAUGUUACCUGAAUCGAGGGAAGAUCUUCCGCAGUAUUCAGAACUUCUCCUUUGUAUUGGCUUCUUCAUAGUUUAUUGUGUUGAUGAAAUAGUGCAUAUUUUCUAUGGAAAUGGAGACAGGCCUGGGCACCAAAGGCAGAGUUAUGGGACUGAACAUUCAAGUCUGUUGCGGCAUCAUGACGACUUGAGAGGGGCUGACGGAGAAAUGGACGCUCGGCGGUGUUGUGGGGACACAGAGAACCCUAGAAUGUGUCACGUCAGUCACAAGGAACCCUGUAAUAAGACUUCUUCUGGAUUUGUUGGGUUGUUGUGUGCGCUGUUUGUGCAUAGUUUGUUGGAAGGACUAGCGAUAGGCUUGCAAAAAAGUUCUGCACAGGUGUUACUACUUCUCGGCGCAGUGGCCUCCCACAAGUUCGUAGUUGGUUUCUGCCUGGGUGCUGAGCUGUGCGCGGCGGGGCGCGCGUUGUGCGCACACAUGGCAUGCGUGGCGCUGUUUGCCGGUGGCUCAGUUGCCGGAAUUGCCCUUGGUGCAGGGCUUGAGGCAGUUCAGAGUAUACAAGACUCUGUAGCUGUGCCUGUCAUGCAGGCACUAGCGGCAGGCACUCUUCUCUACGUGACCGUGAGCGAAGUGUUGCCUCGCGAACGAGCCCGUUUCCACGAGCAGAAACGCUGGAGCGGCAUGACGCAGCUGGCGGCUGUACUCGUCGGCUUCGCCGGAAUGUAUCUCAGUACGAAAUACCUGGAUCAUGACUGAGCUUAGUGGAUCCAAGCAAAAUUAUUUAAAAUUAGUUGAAUUAGGUAGUUAAGCCUUAGACUCACAGUGUUUUAAUUACAUAGUAAUGUAGAUCUCUGUGUAUUUUUAAGUAAAAGGAAUAAUUUAGGUAAGGUAGGAUUAUAAUGACGCAUUUAUCGAUAAGUAAGUUUACUAAUAAACUAAAAUAUUUUACUUAAUUUUGAAUUUGUACGAUUAUUUUUAAGGUACAAAAUAAAACAAUUUCUCUGUUUCA